GCCCGUCUCCCAGGGCAACAGAGAACGGCAGGAAGUGACGCGUUGUUAGUAACUCUGACUUCCGCUUCGUCUGCCUGCUACUGCGUCUGAGGCUGUUGCGGCUACGACGGAAGAUCCCGAGUGAGAGCGGGCUCUGUGCGACUGGAAAGACGAAACGAGAUUGUACAUCGCAUUACUGAGCCAUGGUGGAAUAUUAUGAUGUGCUGGGAGUCCAGAGGAACUCUUCUCCAGAUGAUAUUAAGAAAGCAUACCGCAGGCUAGCCCUAAAGUGGCACCCAGAUAAGAACCCCGACAAUAAAGAAGAAGCCGAGAGGAGGUUCAAAGAAGUUGCUGAGGCUUAUGAGGUCCUGUCAGAUUCUAAAAAGAGGGAUAUUUAUGAUAAAUAUGGAAAAGAAGGACUGGCAGGUGGAGGAGGAGGAGGUGGCAGUCACUACGAUGUGCCGUUUCAAUUUGGAUUUACAUUCCGAAGCCCAGAUGAUGUUUUCAGGGAGUUCUUUGGAGGAAGAGAUCCAUUUUCAUUUGACUUAUUCGCCGAAGAUCCAUUCGAUGAUUUCUUUGGCAGGAGAGGGCACAGAGGAAACAGAAGCAGGCCAGGAGGAGGUUCUUUUCUCUCUACCUUUGGAGGUUUCCCUGCCUUUGGCCCUAGCUUCUCUCCAUUCGACUCUGGUUUCAGUUCUUCUUUUGGUUCUUUUGGUGGACAUGGUGGUUUUACGUCAUUUUCCUCUUCGUCGUUUGGAGGUUCAGGAAUGGGUAACGUCAGAUCUGUAUCAACCUCAACUAAAAUAGUUAAUGGAAGAAGAGUUACAACAAAGAGAAUUGUUGAGAAUGGACAAGAGCGCGUUGAAGUAGAAGAAGACGGGCAGUUAAAGUCCUUAACAAUAAAUGGGGUUGCUGACGAAGCAGCGUUGGUGGAAGAGUGCCGGCGCCGGGGACAGAACGCUCUACCUUUUCAGCCCUCCAGUAGCAGCGGCAGAAGCUCCAAACCUCACCGGCCUGCAGGCCUUCCCAGACACGGCCAUAAUCACAAAAGCGACGAGGAGGAGGAGGAACCGGAGAGGAUGAGGGGUACAAGCAACUGGGAGCCCCCCUUUUACUCUGCAGGACACAAAGAAGGGAGCAAGAGAAAGAAGCAGAAGCAAAGAGAAGAGUACAAGAAAAAGAAGUCUUCCAAACCAAUCUACUAACGCGGACAAGGAAGACCUUUAAAAAAAAAAACCUCACACCGGAGCGCACCGUAUUCUAUGGCCGUAACGUCAACACCAAUUUUGUUUGCUUAGAUACAUUUUUGGAGCUUAGUCAACAACUAGGGAUUUAAUCUUGUCCUAUGUAAAUUCUCACUUCUGUAGACUGUAUGGAGGCCUAUCCUGAAGAUAAAGGAAACAUCUGUUCUACUCUUUUAAUGGCUUCAUUGGAUAUUGGGUAGAUUCCUGAGUUGUUUUGUGUUAUGCGUUGGAAGCUGAAAGGGUUUCAUUUUGAUUGUGAUUGCACUAGUACCUUUUCCAGCAUGUAAAACAAGCCCAUUCAUCGCCACACAUAAUCAUUUUAGGGGUGCUGGCUUAAGUUAACUCUUCUGUUACUCAUCCCCGUGCCUAUAAAAUUUAACUGGGCUUCUUGUGGAAUGUUACAUUCCUUACACCAGUUUGUGCCCAUUGCAGCACCAAAUUGGCUGGGCUCCUUAAUUUAUUAGGGGUGCUGGCUUAAGUUAACUCAUUUGUUACUCAUCCCUGUGCUUAUAAAAUAUAAAAGGGCUUCUUGGUCACCAGCUUGUGUCCAUUGUAUUACCAAAUUGGCUGGGCUCCUUAAUUUUUUUAGGGGUGCUGGUUUAAGUUAACUGAUCUGUUACUCAUUCAUGUGCUUAGAAAACAUACAGAGCUUCUUGUGGAAGGUUUUAUUCCUUACACCAGUUUGUGCCCAUUGCAGUGCCACACUGGAUAGGCCUCAUAUUCUUUACAGGCCCUGGUUAAAUCAAACUAAUUUUUUGUCCUUCCUGUUCUUAUAACUAACAGGGCUUCUUGUGGAAGGUUGUAUUCCUUGCACCAGUUUGUGCCAAUUUCAGUGCCUUACUGGCUAUGCCCCUUAAUUUUUUAGGGACCCUGGUUUAAUCUAACAUAUCUUUUACUCUUCCAUGUGCUUAUAAUUUACAGGAGUUGUUUUGAAGGGCUGUAUUCCUGACACUAGUUUGUGCCCAUUGUUGUACCCAACUGGUCAGGCUCCUUAAUCUUUUAGGGGCCUUUCCUGCACUUAUUAAUGUACAGGAGUUCUUUGUAUUACACCAGUUUGUGCCCAUUCCAAUACCCAACUGGCCAGGCUCCAUCUCCCCGCUUCAUAUUAGUGCUGCCUCUGUUUUUCAGAUAAGACCCCUUAUAACGCUCAAGGCUUUAUGUAAAAUGUUUAAUGCUUAAUAUUUUAUUCUUCAUAUUUGCACCUGAGCAAUUCUUGUUUUCUAAUGCAUAAUAUCGAUAUCUAUGACUGAAUGGGCCCUACUGUGCUACUUUGAAUUUGUUACCUGCACUGGAGGCAAGUGCUGUUAUUUCUCAGCUAGAGUUGGAGCCAGAUGUGUAUGUAUACCAAUUAUGUUUCUUUUUUUAAUGAACCAUAUUUGUACGGCCUAUCACUGUGUCAGAGGCUUUCUUAAAGUCGAUCAUUGUUUCUAGAUAGUGUUGAAAAGGAGAACCUAUCCAGGGCUUCCAGUUUGGAGUAGAGCAUUCAAUUGCACAUUGUUAUUUCUCUGCAUAGUUACAUGCAUACAUAUGAAUUGAAUUGUCCAUAGAAAAACCCUCUAUAGCUGCACCAACCAUAGUGGCCAUAAAUACAUGGUGCUUUUGCCAAAUAUGGCAGCUUAAUUUAUAUGUCUGAAAUCCUUUAUCUAAAAGAACUUGCAAUGAUAUGCAUCCUUCUCUCCUACUACUUACUGUCUGGCUUUCUCUGGUGCAUUAAGUUUGGGACAAAGAGCUUACACCAUAAGAAACCCCAAGCUGAAGUGUCCCAUGCUUCUAUACAGGAGUUUGCUGAUCUGGGGAUGAGCAUAUGUCACUAAUUGAUGAUGGGACACGGGGUGUAGUGGUAAAAUGGGAUGGGUUACUUUAAUUGCAUAAGGCUGGUGUCUACAGGAAGUAUAGAGCAACCCUUGCCUUCAUACAAAUGAACUAAAUGUGUAUUCUGGGGCAAACUCUACUCUGUAUAUUGUCCAUUACAAAAAGCAAGCUGUUACCUUUUAUGUUGAAUCAUUGUUUGUGCCAUUUUUAAGAUAAGAAAAACACUGACCCUUUUAUUUUUGCUAUAUUUUGGGAAUGCCCAUGAAAAGCAAGCUUUUCCAAACUGUGGCACCUCCUAAAUUCGAUGCCAAGGCUGGUAGGAUAUGUAGUACCGGUAUGGGAUCUGUUAUCUGGAAACCCGUUAUCCAGAAAGCUCUGAAUUACGGAGAGGCCGUCUCCCAUAGACUCCCAUUAUAAUCAAAUAAUAUACAUUUUGUAAAAAUUUUUUCGUUUUACAGUACCUCGUACUUUAUCCAAACAAAGGUAUAAUUAAUCCUCGAAAAACCAAUUUAUAGGGUUUAUUAAAAGAUUGUAUGAUUUUCAAGUAGACUUAAGGUAUGAAGAUCCAAAUUACAGAAAGAUCCAUUAUCCGGAAAACCUCAGCUCCUGAACAUUCUGGAUAACAGGUCCCAUUCCUGUACAGUACAACAGAACUUUGAAUCACCUCGAAAAGAUGUGCAUUUAUAAAAAUCUAUUAAAAUAUCAAGUAUACCUACGUCUUGAGUCAAGCAAAUUAGCUAAUAACCCUUUGGAUGAAGAAUUUUCUUUUGCACUAUUCUUCAGUAAAAAUGUGCAGCGUUCACCCAAUCAAAAUACGUUUUGUUCCUUGUCAUUAGGUCCCGCAAGCCAAUUACAAGUGCCAGUAAUUCAUUGUUGUUUUCCAAAGUGGGAGGUAGAUACGACCUCUGUAAAGUAACUGUUGAAAAAAAUGUGAAUAAUGUUCAUGAGCAGAACCAACUGUCUUCUAAUAAAACCAACAUUUAAAGGGGAUGGUAACGCAAAAAUAAAGUGUUGCCUGAAGAAAGUAAUCAUAAUUUUAACCAACUUUGCAAUAUACAUUAAUUAUAAAUUCUUUAUGGUUUUAAAGUUAUUAUUAACUAUAAUUGCUGUUGAAUCUAUCUCUCAGUCAGACAUUUUCUGUUCUCUGCCCUGGUGAUUCUAAAAUUGUAGACAAUGUAACUGAAGCCCACUGGUUACCAGACGGAUGACUUUGCAUAUAAGGCUAGCUAACCUGCUACAUUGUUUCAAGAGAGCCGGGAAGGAACAGACAGAUACGGCUUUCUAUUGCAGUAAUAUUUAUUAUUUACUUUAAAACCGUUACAUAAUGGAAAAGUUGAUGAAAACGACAUUCUUUUAUCAUGAAACAAUUUAUAUUUUGGGUUACAUCUCUUUUAAUUCAUCUAAAGUUUAUGUUUGCAUCCCAAGCAAAGGCCAAGAUUUUUGAUUCUGUUCUUGUCACUUUUAAUCUAAUCAUCUAUAAACCCAGCACCAGUUCUUGAGCUCAGACUAACAAGUGCAUGUCUGGAUUCACUGCCUAACCUUGAUUUUGCUUUAAAGUUUGUUUAUUUCUUAAACAAAUAAUAUUCACUGACAUGUAAUCCCUGAACCGUGUCUCCUGGGGGCAUACAACAGACAAAUGCAAUGCAAACAGGGUGGAAUAAUUUGGUGGAAGGUACUGGGAGUUGAACUUGAGAUUUGCAGGUGACUGAUGAUUAGUCCCAGCCUUGGGCUAAAGGAUUCCAGAGAGGUAGGACUUAUGUACCAUGAAGUCUUUGUAAGAAGUCCUAAGGAGCAAGUAUAGAAAAGGCUUCUGAGAUGUUUUGAGAAUGUGGAGAGUCAGAACAUGUUGCAUGAGCAAUAGUCCACGGUUCCUUUUCACCUUUCAUAUCACCUGAACCAGUUUAAUCACAAGACAUUCUGAUUACGUUAAUACAGAUCACCCUCCUACCUGAUUAAACACUAAUAAAUGAUUGGCUACAAUUUUUCUAAUUACAGUGAGGGCACCCUAGUCUCCAUUGGAUCCAGCUGUCUCCAGGCAUGGGGAACGUUUAGGGCUGUGCACCUUUAUGUCAGAGAUGUGUUAAGGAAGGGUUAAAAUGGGUGGGGGUGCACAUAGUAGAGUCCUGAAGAGCAGUCAGAGGAGUUGAUAUAGUAGAUCAAGACAACACCAGUGACCCUUUACAUCUGUGUUGUCUACCGUGUGGCUGCCAUUGUAUGCUAGAAUGUCAACUAGAACACCAUAAGGCCAUAGGUUGGAAAGAUCUACAAUAUAAAUAUAAUAAGGUCCACAAAUACCUGUUUUGCCUUGAGCCCUACCACAAUGUCAGCCCUACUCUGAGUAUUAAUUAGUCAACAAAAAUACUUUUUUUGUUGUAAAAUUCCUUCCCUAUUAUUGUUAGUUUCCCUCCAUCAAACUAUUCCUGGUUCCAUGGGUCUCUGCCAUUACAUAGGUUUGAUUUUCUUAUUAGUUAGUGUAAGUAUCACUGGGAAAUGUUAUUAAGUGGGCUUCAGAGUGGGCAUGGAGAGCUCUGAUAAGAAGUGGCCCUAUGGGGAUACUACUAUCUGAAGGAGCACCUACCUCCCUUUGGUACUUUUCCUACUACCUUGUUCUACUAGAGUGUAAAUCUCAUAGUAAAGGUGGCCAUACACCGUCCAAUAAAAGCUGUCGGCAGCUUAUUGGCCCGUGUAUGGGGCCCUCCGAUGGGCUUCCCCGAUUGAUAUCUGGCUGAAAGUUGGCCAGAUGUCGAUCAGGGGGGACUAAAAAUCCCGUCGGAUCGCGGCCGCAUCUGUUUCGUUGAUCCGACCGCACGUUAGCCAUCAUUAGGAUCUGAUCAUUGGGCCCUAGGUUCCACGAUCGGAUCAGCCCGACAUCUCAAGGUGGGCAUAUCAGGGAGAGAUCUGCUCGUUUGGCGACAUUGCUCCGUGUAUGGCCACCUUAACAUGUAAGUAUAUUGAACGGUGAUGCUGGAUUAUGUUGGGAGGUCUACCUCUUCCCCAUGGGCAGAUAUGCUCUUCAGCACCUCUUUUUCUUUUAUCAAAAUUUUGUUUGGGAUUCACUCUUUUGUUUCUCUUUUGUUUGCUUAAAACGAUAAAUGCUUUAGAACCCCUUAAUCACGUUCUGUUCAUGGGUCGAAUUAAUCGUUCCAUUUCCUCCUCUCAGAUUUUGUGUUUAUUUGGCUCACAAUGAAGGAAGGAUAUGUGUUAUGGAGACAUCUCUUAUUGUAUGCAUGGAACAUUCCUUCUCUGCAUGGUUGUAAAUUAGUCAACGCUUCCAUUUUACUUGCAUUGACAGAGGAAUGUUUCUCAGGCCCCAGCACCAUGAGGAAGGUAUUACUAUGUUGCUCAGCUGAGGCAAGUAAUAUGGAUGUUUCCGAUUAUAUAUAACAACAGAAGCAUACAGACAAGGAACACUGGGUUUUUAGCAUUACGGACCUAAGUCUCCUCCUUGCAAAACUGGGGGAAGUGGCUAAUGUAGAGCAGGUGAGUUGCCCUAGUCUACACAUCACUAUGGACUUUCUCCAACGUUGUCUCUGAUUGGCAGUUAUACAGGUGAGAGAUCAUUGGGCAACUCAAUCCUUUCUGCAUGUGUUACUCUGUAUUUGCAAUAAAUACCCAUAGGUGCGUUGCAUAUAGUCCUAGUUUUGCAGAUCGGUCUGUGAUCACAUAUGCUCAGGGUAUCGACACAACUACUGCAGUUGUCCUCUAGCCAUGAGUUGUUCCAACAGCUUUCUUCAGUUGUUCACUUCUUUGUAUCGCUUUUCUUUUUGAGACUGUUGUGAAGAUUAUUUUCUCCGUAUGGAGGUCUUUUCAUUGGGUGUUUAUGGGUUGUUGUUUUCAUGUAAUAAUAUUAAUAAAGAUAAAGACUGAA